AAUGAACGAAAAGAAAACAUGAAGGGUAGUCGAAACCAAGGGAGAAAACUAUUAACAACUUUUUUCAUGACAACAAAAUAAAAUUAAAUCGGCAAUGAAUCAGUCAAAUGAGUGAGCAAUAGGUCUACAGAUUGUAUAUAAGUGUAUCAAUGAUAUUUUUUAAAUUUAUAUUUGAGUACUACUUAAACAGUUUACCGUAUUUUUUUACUAACAUGAUUUUAAACGUACUAUCUAUUACUUUUAAUUAAAAUAAUUAUCGAAGUGGCCGUGUCCACCGCUGGAUAUACCCACGGCUGUACCUAGACCUAGGCUAGCAAAACUAAAUUUGGCAAAACCAUCGACCUAGGCCUGCUUACACCGCGGCGAAAAUUUUCCAUUGGCAUGCUCUUACUUAAGAUAUGUCUUUUGAUACGAUAUUGUGUGGUCUUGGGGUAGAGUAAACCAUCAUAAUUUGUGUCAGUCAAUCGCUAGCUAAUAAUAUUUUAUAAAAAUUGGCUGGACUGAUCAUCAGUCUGAUGAAACAGAUACACUAACUCUAGCGAAAAAGGGUGUCGGGGCCUAUCACACAAAUUUUAAAACAACAUCAGGAAUAUGUCCAAGACAUUUUUACACCACGUAACGCCCCAUCUGAUGACAUAAAAUGUUGUACAAUGAACAAUAAAAUUGUUUUUGUUAACUUGUAUCAGUGUUACAAUCUCUAUUUUUCAUCCAUGGCGCUCACAUGCAAUGCUUUUUCCUAUUUUGUAGGAUCGUUGAUGGCGCCCUAAGCACACGCCGUGUACGAAAAGUUAGAUUAUCGUUUCUUGACCCCGGACCCGAGGUUCAAACUUCAUUAUAAUAAACUUAUGGAAAUUUAAAUAUUUGCUGGGCGCCCUAGGUGCCCCUUUGGCCACGGCGCCUUGUGCGAGGGCACAGGUCGCACACCCUAAAGGCCGGCCCUGAACGCUGAGAUGUAUGCAGUUUCAGCCAUUAAUUAUUAAUACUAUACUACUACAAAUAUAAGUUACAGUACAGUAGUUGUUACCUAAAAACAAUAUCAUCCUUACCCUUAAGUCUUUUUUCUCUUCUCAAAUGCUUCUUAUGUUAUAAUUAAAUCUAAUAUGUUGCUUUACCUUUUCUGUUUUAAUUGCAUUUUCUUUACUAACUGAACCAAAUAUUAAUUUACUCCUUUAUUUUUUUUUAAAUUACAGAUUUGCUUGGAAGAAUAUAAUCUAAGACUGAUACAUGGUUUGUGAUGUUAACAUUGAAUUUAUGUCAUGGUUUCCAUACACAGAACACUUUUGUUGAGUUUUAUACUUCUUUUACUCCUGGGUCUUCUUUGUGAAUGUGUGACUGAAUACACAUUCAAACGUUAUACGUACAGGAAAAAACGUGACGAUAAACGGUAUAAGUCAGCAAGACAACGAUGUGAAAUGGAGGCAGAGUGCCAAGGAUUAUGGGGAGUGAAGCACACAAGUUGUACUCGCAUGUGCAUGUCUGAAUUUUGCUACAAUGAACUGUAUGGUCAAGAUGAACUGGAAGAAGGUGAAAUAGAUGUGAGGCUGAACUCUUUCAAAGGAUGCCUUAGUCAAGUAAAGAUGGAGGAUUUAUGAUUCCACUUAACUUACUUAAACCAAUUUGUUUAGCUUGAAACUGAAGCAAUCAUAACUGUAUUAUUUUAUCAUUUUUGUGUAGUGUAUCCCUUGUCAUU